AUGGAUUCCUCUCUGUUGCGAAAUGCAACGACUACGACGAAUGCUGGCACUUUCAGUCCUGGUGAAGGCCUCUCAUCUCUGGAAGCUGCGGCCCGGCUAGCACAAGAUGGUCCUAAUGAGCUGGCACCGCCUCCGAAAGAGUCCUUCCUUCAUAUUUUGAUACGGCAGAUGCAGAGCAUUUUCUUUGCCUUGACUAUUGCGGCCGCCUUCCUCUCGCAUCUCUGUGGGGACACGCCCAGAGCAGUGCUACUGGUGGUGGUUGUGUGCACAGUGAUUCUGGCGAAUACCUUUGGUGAGCACACCAGCCAAGAUGCAGGAAAGGCCUUGAGGAGCAUGACCGCUCUCGACACCAUGUGCCUCCGUGAUGGGCAGCAGUCCAGGGUGGCGUCGUCAACCUUGGUCGCAGGUGAUGUUGUGCUUUUGCAGGUUGGCGAUGUUGUGCCCGCAGAUGCGGUGCUCCUCGAGGCCAUCGAUCUCAAGGUAAAUGAGUCCAUCCUGACGGGAGAGCCAGCAGAUGUGACCAAGACAACCCAGGUGACUGAGAGCACUCCGAACACACCUGACACACCAUUCCGGGCCAACAUGCUUUACAGCGCCACGUCUGUGACCUCCGGACGUGCAAAGGCGGAAGUUGUGCAUAUUGGCAUGCAGACGCAGGUCGGACAGAUUGCCAAGCGGCUUCGGGAAAGCAAGCCUUGGACCGAGAAGAGUCCCUUGCAGGUCUCCGUCAACGCUUUGGGGCGCAGACUGAGCGCUGUUGUUCUUGGCCUCGUUGCUGGCGCCACCUUGCUGGCACUGGCGACAAGGUACCAGGAUCCAGCAAGCCCAUGUCCCCCGCAUGACCUUCACUGCAUUGCAAGGACCGGGCUUCUUCGCGCAGUUGUGAUGUCCGUGGCGGUUGUGCCGCAUGGUUUGCCCAUGGUCUUGACCAUCAUGCUCCGAGUGAGUUCCGUUCGAAUGGCGGCAAAAGGAGGAGAAGUCAUGAAGGUAUCAGCCGUCGACUACAUCUCGGCGACAUCUGUAAUCUGUACUGACAAAACUGGCACUCUCACUGAGGGACGCAUGACAGCUACAAGCCUGAUCGGUUUGUGCCGAGAUGCUGGAGAACCAGGUGGCAACACAGGUGCCACCAAAAAGAGCACGCUAGCUUUCUAUCCGCUCCGCGGCUUCUCUCCCAAUGGUGGUUUGUUCGCAGCGUCUCAACUUUCAAGCGAGCAUCGGGAGCAAAUGGAUGCUGCUUUCGACUUGCAGUUGGAGCGCCAAACGUUUACCUCUGCAGGACUGCCGGAUCUUUCGGCACAGGAGGGAUCUGCAGAUGUAAGCCUGGAUCACCUCAUGGCCAAAGCACAUCUUGCAUGUGCUUUUCUGAGCUGUUACCAGACAUCUCUGUACCAGCAUCCUAGCACAGAUCGGUGGCAAAUCAGUGGUAACAUGACGGAGGGUGCACUCAAGGUGGCGGCUGCGAAGGGUGGCUUCAAAGACACUGGGCUCUCUGGCGAAACGCUGCUCAAAUCACACCGUCGAUUGGCCGAUCUAGAUAUCCCAUUUACAUCACACCGCAAAGUGAUGGCCAGUGUCCAUGAGCUGCCAGAAAAUCGUCGACUUGCAAGCCUGCAGUUCCCACCGGACUGCACCCACAUCGCCAUCAUCAAAGGUGCCCCUGAGAAGCUUCUAGACCGAGCCGGUGCUGUUGCAAAGUUUGCGGCGGGAAGUCUAGAUAUUCCGGGCGAGCCCAUGACUGCGAAUGAUAGAGACAUGUUGCUUUCAGCAAAUGCAGAGCUGAGUGGCGAUGCCUUGCGCAGCCUGCUCGUAGUGGUACGACCGCUGGUGCUCACUGAGGUGGAAGCUCUCGGAAAUCUACACUCAGCCGAUGAACGCCUCGGUCUGAUUCUGGAGCCCUCCAAGGUUUGUCCACUCAGUCUCUGGGGCAUUCACGAUCCCCCGCGGACAUCUGUCCCACAAAGCAUCCGGCAUUGCCAUGAGGCGGGGAUUCGUGUCGUAAUGAUAACAGGCGACCAGCAGGGAACGGCCGCUGCGAUUGCAAAGCAAGUCGGCUUACUGCAGGAUGCAGACCGCAGCUUUGCCAUUGCAACAUGCGCGGAUCUUCAUGAAGUGAACCUUCCGCGAGCUGUGAACAAACGGCGGCUAUCGCGACAAGCACAGGAAGCAGUGGAUGCGACUUUUCCCAGCAGGGGCAGUGGCGACGGGGUCGAGACGAAGGCCAACAACGGUUCACGGCGUGGCUCUAGGAGCCUGUCUAUACAUGAUGAGCGGGGGCCAAUGGACCACGAGCCUGAGUUCAAGUCUGAGGAGGACUUGAUCGACAUUACGUCACGAGUGAAAUGCUUCGCACGCGCCCAGCCUUCAGACAAAGUUGCCAUAGUCGCUGCGCUCCGUGCUGCCGGACAUGUUGUUGCAAUGACAGGUGACGGAGUGAAUGAUGCCCCGGCAUUGAAGGCGGCAGAUGUUGGGGUCGCUAUGGGCAUUUGCGGCUCUGCCGUGGCCAAGAAUGCGAGUGACUUGAUUCUGCUUGACGAUAACUUCUCAACAAUACUUUCGGCGGUUGAGGAGGGAAGACGCAUCUUCAGCAACACGCAGAAGUACGUUAUGGUGAACUUGAGCAUGAAGUUUGCGGAGGCGACUAGUUUGCUACUGUCGCUGUUCCUUGGAGUUCUUCCCGUCAUAAAGCCAUCGCCGCAGCUGCUGAACAUGAUCAUCACACAUGGUGCGAGCACUAUUUGCUUAGCUUUUGAGCCUGCAGAGCAGCACACCAUGAAAGUUCCACCAAGAGAAGUGCAUGGCAUGCUUCUCACUCGAAACCAAAUCAUGUGGCGCAUGGUCCCGUUUGUUUGCUGCCUCCCACUUGUGGCCUACUCAUCGCUGCUACUCGGAACCUUUGGAGCCACUGGAUUUGUGCGCAAUCAGGAUUUAUUGGGUAGCGCAGUUGUGGCCGAUCUGAAAAGUGGCCGUUCAGCCUGUGAGCUUGCUGGCUGGGAAGAUGAGACUGGACGACAUCACGAGGAUCCACGCCCCUUCCAUUGCCUCUGCACUACAAAUCCCACGGGUUGGCCGGGGCUGCAGACGUCCAUCGUGGAGCACUGGGGAACAACUCGACAGAUAGCACCAAUUGACGUGUCUCGAAAUGCAUGGGAUCUUUCCCUGGAUAAUCCUGACUGGGAAGGCAAUCUGUCGACACUUGUGACCCCUUGCAAGAGCAAUCCUGACCUGUGGUGCUGGAAACGUCAUGUUCCUAGCUCUCAGCGUGCAAUGUUGCCUCCUGGGCUCAGCUGCGUGGACUAUGGCCUCAAAGUCGGGCAAACCAUGUCCUUUGUUACGAUCAUGUUCGGUGAGGUCCUCAGCAUCAUGUGCUUCAGGACAGAACGUUUCGUUUUAUCGAAGCCUUUUGACAAUCCCUGGUACAACUUGACGCUGCUGUGCAACGUUCUCGUGAUGUGUAUGGUCAUCUAUGUGUCGCCUUUGGCCAGCGCUUUGCAAUUCGUGCCCCUGACACCGAGCAGACUCAUUAUUGCAGUUUCUUGCUCCAUCUGGUUGCUUGUUUUCAAUGAGCUGGCAAAGGCAGGCUACCGCGCAGGCCAACGACCAAUCAAUGCACUUCUGCAGCAGCGGGCUUUGGCAUUGUCAGGUGCCCGGCGGCCAAGCUUGAAGGAACAAGUGUAG